AUGCCUUCAGUCCUCCUCUACGGUGCUACAGGUCUGAUCGGAUCUCGUUUGGCCAUUGAUAUCAAGACAGCACAUCCGCAAUGGCCGCUGACCGUCUUCCUACGCAACAACAAUGCGGAUGACUAUUUCAAGUCUGCCGGUGCGGACAAGCUCGUCCAUGGCUCCUCUACCGAUGCCGACCUGGUGCGGUCCCUGAGCAAGGAGCACGACAUUGUCAUCAACGCGGCGACCUCCUUCGACGGCGACUUUGUCAAUCUAGUCAUUUCCGGAAUGGAGGAGAGGCCAGAACACUCGAAGGGCACCCUCAUCCAUGUCAGCGGCACAGGCAACUUCAUCGACCAUGGGACUUCGGGCAACUUCAACCCUGAGAGCAAAGUCUGGAAUGACGACAACGAAGAAGACAUCAAACUCGUCAACCGCAACAUGUUCAACGGACCGACAGAUACACCGAUCCUGGAAGCGGGAGAAAGAGGCAAAAUCAUCACCUACGUUGUCUGUAUCGGAAUGACAUAUGGCCCAAACACCGGGCCAUCUUCAAGUCUGGGUAUCGCGUAUACCAUUCUCACCUACAACGCCAAACAACAUGGCUUUGUCCCGUAUGUGGGUGACGGGACCGCCGUGGCCAGCAUGAUCCACGUUGCAGAUGCCGUGCCCUUCAUUACCAAAAUUGUCGGCGUCGCUGGAACAGAGGAGCCGACAGGCAGCGCUUACUCCAGAUACUAUAUCCUCCACGGCGAAAGGGUCGCAUGGAAGGACUUGACCACUGUUCUGGCAAAGACCUUGUAUGCCAAAGGAGUGGUGUCGUCUCCAGAGCCGAAGAGUGUGCCGUUUGAGCAGGCUGGUCAGGGUGAGGUUGGGAAGUUGUUUGGCGCGAACAUGCUUGUCAAGGGAGACAGGGCGGCAAGGCUGGGAUUCAAGGCAAUACAACCGUCAAUACUGAUUGCGUUGCAAGAGGAUCUUGGAAAUCAUACUUUCUGA